AUGACUCUUCCUGACCAAAAUCUAUGUUCGAGCUUAAUUUAGUGGCAUUGUGACGUUGAAAAUGGCAUGAUAUCAGAUAGAUUAACUAUCUAUACUUCGAUGUUGACAUCGAUAUCGAAAAUACCGAUACAUAUAGGGUGUAUAUGUUUCUUCACAUAUGUAGCAAACUGUGUGGUCUUUUCCAGCUACUUCUGUUCUGUUAUAUAUUUCGAUCACUUGCAUGUCCUGAGGUAUGUACUCAUCCAGUAGCUCACAUCUCUCGAUUCUUCUGACACGUUAUAUUAUCACAUCAUGGAGGACACUAGUAGAUCUUGCCAAUCUGACGAGCCAAUAGAUAAUUAUAUUGCAAG